AUGGAGGGGCUAUUUUACGCGAUGAGAGGUGAGAAUGGGGGGGAUGAUGGGAAGAAUGGAUGGAGUCGCCGUCUGUUCGACGAUCUGCAGUGGUGCGCGCGGCACCACCCCAUCGGCCACUGGGACGCCAUGGCCGGCCCGGAUGAGUAUUUCAUCUCCAAGUUCUUCUUGGAUCGAGGAGUGCCAUGGACGCACGUGCACAUGCGGUUCGGAGCCAUAUCAUGGGUGGUGGACGAGGCACUACAGGGCCAGGCCCCUCCUGUGUUCAUUCACUACGUCAGUGAGAAGCCCUGGGUCGCCCCUGCUGGCCCCACGAACGACCCUGCUGCCCCUGCUACUUCUACAGUGAAAACGUCUACACCUACUGUGACUUCUACAGUGACGAAUUGGUCGGACUUCUUAGUGUGGGACUCUAUAGCGGAGCAGGUGGUGGGGCUGCUGCAGGCAGCAGGGGAGGAGGAGGCGGGUGCUGCCAGCAGGCUGUUUGCAGGGUGGGAAGCAAGGAGGAAGCUUCCUGUUGUGUUUCCAGAAAAGCAGGCAUGA